AUGGAGGCCAGGGCUUCAAGGUUAUUCAUGGCGAAUAUCCGGAGACAAGGUCCUUACGGUCACGUGUUUGAUCCCUCCCUUACCUCAACCCCCAUAACGAAGUUGCGAUGGAUUCUUAUGAGAACUAUCAUGGUCACUCGCCCUUCUGAACUUGAAAGAGCCAUCGUUGUGGACUAUCUUGAUCACAUUCCAGGCCUCAAAGCAUGCGCCCUCGUCUGCUCACGGUUCUGCUACUGGGCCCAGUCACGUCUUUUCCGCAAAAUUGGAACGGGUUAUGAAACGCUACCAGGGAGUCCACCCGAGCCUAGCCGUUGUAUGAGGCGUGUCCAUCGCUUGCUGGCCAUCCUUGAAAAUUCUCCACACAUCAUCUCCCAUAUUCGCACUCUGAGGAUACAUGAGAGCUCUCCUACUCUCAUCGACUUGUUGGCCUCCCGACAGUGGAACACACUCAGAACUCUCCAUAUCUGCGGGCUCCAGCUUGAUGACUAUGAAAGCGCGCUCGGUGGUCUCCAACGUCUUGUCUCUUCCCCACGGCUGAAUAUCCUCGAAUUUGAAUGCUCCCAAUGGAAUCCAGAGUUAUUCUGGAAUGUAAUGGCCCACUGCUCCGCCAGUGUUAGCCAGCUCAUACUCAUCAACUGCUGUACGCGCAUGCCACUGCAAUAUCCUCGUCUCCUUUUGCAGGCCGUCAAAACACCGGCACGAAUCACCACCCUUACUUUAAGGGGAGCAGGAAAUGCUUUACCGGUUCUCCUCGACCCUCUUUUCCCCCUUGAUCUGACCCACCUCUCCGCUAUCGACUACUACAACUCUCCAAACAAGUUGUUGGAACCCUUCCUGGCGCGACAUCGAUCCAUACGUUCCUUCAAAAUCCACGUAGUGGAUAGUACUGUCCAAAAUUUACCCCUCUCCCUUCCAUCGAUCACGCACCUCGAAUUCCAAUUUACUUUGACGGCCUUCUGCGAGUGGGGCCCGCUUAUGAAUCUGCCUCUCCACAACAGCGUCGAGAAGCUGACGCUGACGACCUUCCAUAACCUCUGGCAGGAUAACUCUUGGUUUCGAGCCCAGAACCAAAUAGCGGGGUACUUGGACGCCCUCGUUGCCCCGGGUAAAAAGCUUGCGGGCAUUCGCAUGGUGGUGGUCGAGGUCAGCCGCCAGCCAAGAACCGUGGACUUCAGUCGCGCUGCUGUCGUCAAAGCCAUGGAAAGUUCUAUGCCCAUUCUCGCCAACUCGGGCCGACUUUCCGUCGUUUUCGAGGAUGCUGAGUACGUGCACCCGUGGAAAGAGGAUGAUAUCGAUCUACGCCAGAUUGGAUAA